AGUUUCGUUGGAACUUCAGUACAUAUUAACUCUUCUACCACGUCACUUUUAAGAUGAAAUUUUUAGUUUUUGUCUGUGUUUGUAUAGCGGCUGCAAAUGCACAAUUUAAAUGUCCUCCAAAAGACGGCCAAUACCCAGACCCCAUUCAAUGUGAUAAAUUUUAUGAAUGUGAGGAUGGAAUAGCCAAAGCAAAAUUAUGUCCAGAUGGUUUAGUGUUCGAUCCAGAAAUUAGAAAACGAAAUAAAUGUGAUCAACCAUUUAAUGUUGAGUGUGGAGAUAGAGAUCAAUUACAACCUCCUCAACCAAAGGGUGUUUGUCCCAGGUUAAACGGUUUCUUUGCACAUGAAGAUCCUGCUGUUUGUAAUAAAUUCUACAACUGUAUCCAAGGUGACAACACUGAAAUGACCUGUACGGCAGGUCUCGUAUUCGAUGAAUACAACGGACUCUGUGUCUGGCCUGAAACAAUUGACAGGAAAGGGUGUAACGUUCAAGGAAACACCCUUAAGGAUGGUUUCACUUGCCCCAAAGAAACUCAGAAGGACGCCAAUGGAAAUCUAGUAGUUCAUCCUAAAUUCCCCCAUAAUACAGACUGUCAAAGAUUCUACGUGUGCCUUAAUGGUGUAGAGCCUAGAGAUUUAGGAUGCCAAGUAGGUGAAGUAUACAAUGACGUUAGUCAGAGAUGCGAUUCUCCAGAAAAUGUUCCUGGAUGUGAAGACUGGUACCAAAGUGAAGAAACUCCUUCAGCAGGUGCAUCAAAACCUUCGAAGCCUAAAUCUAAAUAGUUUUAAGUUCGCUGUUUUAGAACGUAAUAAUUUUCCUACGAAUUAAAUUUUUAUAU